AUGACAACAGCACAUAGGCCGACAUUUGAUCCGGCCCGUGGCAAAGAGGCACUUCGUGGCCCAGCCUACCACCAGCGCCUUCUCCCCGCCUACACCACUCUCAAGUUUAGACAGCCCGGCCAGGGCGGCGCCGCGGACAAGAGCACUCGCGACCUUCGUGCUGAGCUCGAGGCGGCCGAGGCGGCGCACUACGCGAAGCUCAAGGGCGCCCCGAUCCCCGGCACCUCCUCAUCCUCCGAAAACAAUACACCCGCAAUCGCCGGCUCAUCAGCAUCUUCCGUAACCGGCAAGCGUCCGCUACCAUCAUCAUCUAACGGUGGUGGGGACAGACCGCCAGACGACGGUGACGAAGACCCCGAAGCAAAACGACGACGAAUCUUAGCCGAGACGCGCGAUAUCGACGCAGACGACGAUUCAUCAUCUGGGUCAGACAAAGACUCUGAUUCAGAAUCUGGCUCGGCUGAUUCGGACGACUCAUCUGAUGAUGAAGAGGCAGAGCUGCAGCGCGAGCUGGAACGGGUACGGCGUGAGCGCAUGGAGAAGCGCGCGCGUGAAGAGGCAGAGCGCAAGGCUGCUGAGGAGGCACGGCGUGAAGAAGAGAUUGCUCGCGGCAAUCCGUUGCUCAACAAGCCUGAUUUUACAGUGAAGCGGAGAUGGGAUGAGGAUGUUGUGUUUAAGAAUCAGGCAAGGGGUACGGAGGAUAAGGGGAAGAGGAAGGAAUUUGUUAAUGACCUUCUGCGCUCUGAUUUCCACAAACGGUUUAUGAGCAAGUAUGUCCGCUGA